UAACUGAUGUCUUUUUUUGUUGUUGUUCGAAAUUUACGAGGAGACAUGGCAUAUUUCUGCGUGUAAAUCAGCAUAGAAUCUGCUCCUUUAAUAUUGCUGCUGCAUCGCAAUUAACCACCGCUAACAGUCUGACCAAUGACUGUAUACAGUCAAUGAAUUCGACAGAAUCGUGACCACCGAACUGAACGUUGUUCUACGCCUUUUGGCUUGCCGUCGUGCAUAGGCUACUAUUUUGGCCCGGGGCCUAUCAGCGUGCCAUCGUCAUGAAACUUCAAGUUGUGCAAUAGAACGAAAUUACUUGCAGUUUAAUAAACCUGAACAUGCAAGAUUGGAACGAUUUCAAGGACUCAAACCUCCAAGGCUGCAUGUUGUCAUACCUCGCUAGUUGGUAGCAGUUCCAUGGUCUAGCCAGCUGACGGGGUGACGCGAAGAGUGUUACAUGUGUAACGAAAACAGUUGUCAACUUGAGACGUUAUAUUGUUUCAUUCAAUUGGAACUGCUACAUUCCACCGGACGUGGACGCAAAUGGAUACAAUUUGUCUGCAAACACGUCUAGCUGUGUCCAGUGCUACAAGCUGUCAUUACUGAAGUCAUCCUACGCUAACUGGCUAGCUAGGUAGGUAGCUCGCUAGCUACCUACCUGGAUGUGACAUGUACGACGGUAACAUUAGGUUACGAUCAUAAACCAAGGGAUUGUUUUUUACCAAGAUCUUCGUAAAGUGUAGAUGUAUGCAUAGCGGCCUAACGAAAACACAAAGCAUUGCCACGAUCAGCGGUGGAUAGGAGUCAAAAGGCAGCCUGUAGGACGAGCAGACUUGGGUGUGUUGAACCCUCAGCUCCUCCAAUGAUCCCCAUCAACUCCAUGAAACCUGGGCUGCCUCCAACACCGCAAAGUGACGGCUCCUUCCCUUAUGACCCUGCGUCGUGGCAACAACAAAGCAACCAGUCAGCAGGGUCCCUCUCCGUUGUGACUACUGUGUGGGGUGUUAAUUCUACUCCUAAUCAGGUGUUGGGCACGGGCGUGGGACCAGGUGGCAAUCACGCAGGGAUGAUGUCGAGCGGAGGACCCGGGGUCAACUCCGCCCAGAUGAUGGGCCAGCAAGGCUACCCCGACGGCAGCAAGGGCUACAUGCAGCAGGGGGUCUACGGCAGAGGAGGAGGGCCAUACCAGGCUGGGCCCGGAUACGGGGGGAGUUAUGCCGGGAACGGAGGAGCCUCAAUAGGGAUGCCUCCCCAUGGCGGCCGAUCCACCACCGACUUCACACAAGCAGCAGCCGCCGCAGCUGUGGCCGCCGCCGCUGCCACGGCAACCGCCACCGCCACCGCAGCCGUCGCCGCCAUCCAAGAGAAGCAGAACCAGGAGAUGAACUAUGGCCAGAUGGGCAACUCUGGGCCGUAUAAUUCCCAGUUUAUGCCCCCCUCGGGGUCCAGGUAUUCUCCUGGAAUGGGGCCGUCCCGACCGCCCAACAUGGCGCCGAUGUUUGCCCAGGGCCAGAGGAUGCCUCAUCAUCCCUCCUACUCCGUAGGGCAGCAGGGACCCCCGCGCCUUCCACAGGGCCUCAAAAGGCCCUACAACUCAGAUGGGUAUCCUGACUCCCCAUAUGGCCAGAGUCCAGGCCCAGGACCGUAUCCCGGGCAACAGGUGCAAUACUCUUCACAGCCCUCGUCCUCCCCCUCCUACCCUCCUGUCCAGCAGCAAGGAGGCAUGGGCCGCUACCCACCCACGCCCGAAAACUCUGCCCUCUACUACAAGGCUGGCAGAACCAUGCCCAGUUACCCAAGCUCUCCGCUGCCAGGAAACCCCACCCCUCCCAUGACCCCGGGCGCCCCCAUGGCUUCCUACAUGUCUCCCAACCAGGACGUCAAGUCACCGUAUCUGGCCGACGUCAAGCCCAAUGUCGCUGCCCUGCAGCCCUCAGCUCAGCGCAUGGGCUCCUAUGACGGAUGGGGAGGAGGAGCCAUCCAUGCUGCUGCCCCUCCAGUAGAUGAACUGCGUCUUACAUUCCCCGUGCGCGAUGGUGUGGUGUUGGAACCCUUCCGGCUGGAGCACAACUUGGCCGUCAGCAACCACGUCUACCACCUGCGAGACACCGUCUUCAAAACGCUCAUGAUGAGACCAGACCUGGAGCUGCAGUUCAAGUGUUACCACCACGAAGAUCGUCAGAUGAACACUAACUGGCCUGCCUCUGUACAGGUGAGCGUCAAUGCAACACCGUUGACGAUUGAGCGUGGGGACAACAAGACGUCCCAUAAGCCCCUCUACCUGAAGGCCGUGUGCCAGCCUGGACGCAACACCAUCCAGAUCACCGUGUCGGCCUGCUGUUGUUCCCACCUGUUUGUACUGCAGCUGGUCCACAGGCCGUCAGUGCAGUCCGUCCUCCAGGGCCUCAUGAAGAAGAGACUCCUGCCUGCUGAUCACUGUGUCACAAAGAUCAAAAGGAACUUCACCAGCGGCACGAUUCCCGGCUCGAUGGGCCCCAACGGAGGAGAGGACGGCGUGGAGCAGACGGCCAUCCGUGUCUCGCUGCAGUGCCCCAUCACAUUCCGCCGCAUCCAGCUGCCUGCACGCGGCCACGACUGUCGACACGUUCAGUGCUUCGAUCUGGAGUCAUACCUGCAGCUGAACUGUGAGAGAGGAACCUGGCGUUGUCCUGUAUGCAACAAAACUGCAUUGUUGGAAGGACUAGAAGUUGACCAGUACAUGCUGGGCAUUCUGAUCUACAUCCAAAACUCGGACUAUGAGGAGAUAACUAUAGACCCCGUGUGCAACUGGAAGCCGGUGCCGGUCAAGCCUGACAUCCAGGUGAAGGAGGAGCUGGACGGGCCGGUUCUGGCCCGCUGCCGCACCAUCAGCCCCAGCCACAUGGUGCUGCCCAGCGUCAUGGAGAUGAUCGCAUCCCUCGGCCCCGCCUCAGGACCCGGAAUUGGACCCGCUUCUGGUUCUGCACCCACCUCGAGCUCUGGGCCAGCCCCUGUUCCUCCUCCUUCUUCAUCGUCGUCAUCAUCAUCUUCGUACCCCUGUGGAACAACCGGAGCCAGUGGAGGAGGUCAGGACUAUAACAGUCCAGGUUCAGGAUUCAACAACCGAUCAGGAUUCACAGAAUUCCAGAACUCCCCUGGAACACCGACUAUGGGCGAGUUCCCCUCUGGGCGUUCAUUCCCAACUGAUCUUCCCAGUGGAGGCCCAUCGGACAAACAGACAGGAGCUGCCUCCUCUCCGCAGGUGGCUCAUUCGGUCCGAAUGGAGCCCCACAAUGCACUGCAGAGGCAGCAGCAGCAGCAGCAGCAGCAGCAGGGUAUCCACAACAACACUGAUGGUCCCGGAGUAGGCCUGCCUCCACAUCCCUCUCAGAACCCUCGCCUCAACACAGACGGCCCCUUGGGGUUCGGGGGUCCUGCGGGAGCUGAAAUGGCGGAUUCCGCUCUAGAUCUGCUGCCAGAGCUGACCAAUCCCGAUGAGCUGUUGUCAUACCUCGGCCCUCCAGAUCUGCCCAACAACAACAACGAUGACCUACUCUCCCUCUUCGAAAACAACUAGGAUGGACUUCAGUCACAUGGGUUUUAAUGUCUCUUCAAACCGUCCUCCAACCUAAGUGUGUGUGUGUGUGUGUGUGUGUGUGUGUGUGUGUGUGUGUGUGUGUGUGUGUGUGUGUGUGUGUGUGUGUGUGUGUUUGAUUGAAUGAAUGUGUAUGUGUGUCUGAAUGAAUGAAUGUGUGUCUGUGUGUGUGUUUGAUUGAAUGAAUGUGUGUGUGUUUGUGUGUAAGUUUGUGUAUGUGUGUGUGUUUGCAGGCGUGCUCACAUAUUUGUGUCCUUCGCUUUUUGAAUACGAAAAAAAACAGAAGCUCGCAAACAUUCAGCCCUCUAAAAGACAUUACCAUCUUUGAAGUGUUUAUAACUGGUUUAUAUGUUAAAGGUCAAAUUAGGUAGGGUAACAAGUACAUUGAACAUAAAGCAAAUGCAAGUGUUUGACCGCGGCAGAAAAGUACAUGCUAGAUAACACAACGAGAGUCCCUCCAUUUUUAAUGAUGGCUGUUGACCAGGGCCGGAUUAUCCAUAAGGGCCAGUGGCACAGUGCCCAGGGGCACCAAGCAUUUUUCACCAGUGAGGGGGCACCGCAAGACACAAACUUUACAAGUGUUGUUCAUAAAGGGAGCACCGGUGAGGUAUAGUGCCCAGGGGCCCCGACAUUGGCUUAAUACAGACCUGCUGUCGACUAUUCAAUGUAGCAGUGCAGCCUAUUCAUUGACAUCCUGUUAAGAUUGUUGAAUUAUAGGGAAUUGAAUUGCCCAUCAAGUGUAUGUGCCGUUAAAAGUAUAUAGACACGGGGGGCACUGUGGCGCAGCACACUAAGCCGCCCACAUUUGGGCUUGCAUGCCCAUGUGGAACCCGGUUCGAGUCGCUCUCCCAAUCGUUUCCUGUCUACUCUCAUACUGUCCUGUAAUAAUAAAGGCUAAAAAUACUUUUAAAAAAAAAGUAUACAGACACUAUGGCAAUAUGAAGCAGAAAAGCUCUUUGCAGAGUUUUCUUCGUACAUGACUGAAGUAGAGAAGACGGGACAAUGAGCAAUACUUUAUACUUGCAAGUGAUGGCACCAGUUAAAAACAGUCUUUUUGGCCUUUUGGGAAUGGAGUGAGACCACACAAAACUACUGCAUCCCAAACCAUAGUAGGCACUACCUUCCCACCUGUAGCUACUCCUCGGAUGCCUGAGCCAUAGCUUCUCCGUACAAAGGUGGCCAGAAGCAGGCUCAUUCAAAUGCCAUCAAUCUCUCUGCCUUCUAUUUAAUGUCCUGUAGGAAUGUUCAGAGGAGGAUCUUUCAGAAGGUUACGGUGGUCCGUGCAGUUUGAUAUGUCGCAUUUGUGACAUUGUCCUUAAAUCCAACAAAAUCGAAUCUAGUUAAGGAAAUAUACGACGGUGUAGGUGUUCAUGGUCAAGCCUUAGACCUUGUUUACAAAGAUACGGAUAUAUUUGUGAACAUACCAGAUAUAUUUGGGCCUUUUGAGAUACUUCGAACCAUGGACAACUUGUUGCUCCCUAAGACAGAUAUUUUUAUAAACAGAGUUUUGAGUGAAGGUUUCUAAAACAUGCCUGAAAUGACUACGCAUAAACAGGAAAAAUGCAAGAAAAACCCUGCAUGUUUUUAAAAGCGAUGGCAAUAUUUGCCAGGUAAACAGCCACUCUCGUGAUGAGUGAUUCCAUAUUCCAUGCUGCGUAACAAUCGUGGUACAUUCACAUACAGGGAGGGGGACAGGGGCAGCGUGAGCGCGAGAGUUUCACAGGCUGUUCAGUUCUUUUUACACUGAACCGUCUGCACGUGUGUUCAAUCCGUGGGAAUCGGUAUCCCGUCCCAGCCUUCCCAGCCCAUACAUUCCAAUGGGAGCCCGUUCAUUGCACGCGCGCACACCCACGCAGAAAAUAGACUCAAGUUCUAUUUUCAAGUUGCAACAACGCAUACUUGUCUGGGCUCCCACUUGCGGGCCCGUCCAUGCGCCACGUUGACACCACACGUUGGUGUGAAAGGAUCAGUCAGUUUUCAUGUUCCAUUUCGGAGUGGUUACAGAUACAUUUGGAUACAUUUUGCCCAUGCCCAUGCUUGCAGUGUGAAUGAGCCGUCAAGAUAACUUUUAUCCACAUGUUGUGUGAACAGGUUAUAGAAUUUUGAACGGUUUAAAAAAAAAAUCUGUUUUAAAAAUAUCCACGUGUGGAAACGAGGCCUUAGGCUAAAAACCCUCCACCUCCUGGCCAACCGCUAGGGUACUUGUCUGCCAUGCGGCCGACCCGGGUUCGAUUCCCGGCCCGGGUCCUUUGUGGACCACUACCCAUCUCUCUCCCCAUUCGCUUCCUGUCCACCUCUCAAACUGUCCUAUCAUCAAUAAAGUCAUAAAAGACCGAAACAAAUUACCAAGUGAGGAAAUAAGUCAGUAGCCAAUCACUAAGGUGUUGGGUGCGGGGGCUGAGGUUAACCAACGCUCGAAGGCAGAGCGAGGCUAGCUGGUUUAUACAUAUGCAUAUAUAGAUGUUCAUAGUGUAGAAACACUUUUUGGGAAAAACAAUUAUCUGUGCUUUUAAAGUAAAAAUGGUUAAUGCCUUUUGGGUGGGCUGAAUGAUUUCAUAAGCAACUGUAUUGUUUUAGAAUGUAAAAAAUAAAUAUGUUUAAGAUAAAACAGUUGGUUCACUGGCAAGUGGGGGAAAAAAAAUAUAUGAAAUGAUUUUGUGUAACACACCGGUGACACAACUGUUACUGUGUGUACUAUUAAAAAAAACUCUGUUUUAAAUGUUUUAUAUCUAUGAAUAACGACUGCCUCGUGUAGCUUACCAUUUCUAUUCAUGGCUUUAGCUGACUAGUUGAAGUGCCGCUCUCUCUAAGGAGGCGUUGAGCCAGAGGUGUCAAUGCUGGUAAGAAAACAGUAAAAAAAAAAAACCCUUGUACUGUAUGUCCAAAAUGUUCACUUGUUAACUCGUUCACUAAUUAGAGUUUACUGGUUUACUGUAGUGCACUGUACAAGCUGUCGAUUGCACUGUUGCAUAGUGCAUCAUAUAGUAAACAAACAAGUGAACAUUCUGGAUCCGGCAGCUGCCUUUUUUUUCGUUAUGCCUGUGCACUUACUACAGGUGUUUUCACUAAUAAGCCAAUCUACCUGUCUGAUUAUUGAGUUUCCAACAAAGAGCGUAGAUACGACAUGGGCUUUUGACACACAUGGGCUGUCACACAUGUGCAGACUUUUUUAAUGGCACAAGACAAAGAAGUGGUUUCCUUUUCCCCUAAAAUGGUGGCAGUAAUGACUUGUCUGGCCAUACUACACGUUUAUGAUGCGAGUGAGCCCUCUGACCAUCUACGCUCUUUGGUGUCCAACUCCUCUGGACCAGCUGGUCCAGAAAAGAGUGGGAUGAAAUACGUGGCAUGGUUGUUGAACUUUAUGAAGCUGGGAUGGUCGAGAGACCAUUUCUCUCUCCCAUGUACAUUUAAAUCAUUGCAGUCCGUUGUAUAUUAAAUAAAGUGCAAUGUGUAUGUUGGAUUAUGCACAGAUGACCAUUGGAGGGUCCUGGCAAAAGCCUAUACUUCGAACCAAGAAAAAUAUUUCUUUUUAAUUUAAUAAAUGGUAAAAACUACAGA